CCUAAACCAACCGCACUUCCUUGUUUCAUUGUUUUCCCUCUUUGCUCCUUUAUAUAUCUUCUUUGGGGGCUUCUAUUUUGCCGUGCUUCAUGACAAGUUGUGCAGCUCGGCUGAUCUCCCCCUAGCUAGCUCUUGUGAUCAUUAACAUAUCCAUCUUAAUUUAUCAAUGGAGGAUUCGGGAGCUGCCUCUAGUGAUGACGUCAACAAGACUUGUCCUCGAGGACACUGGAGACCUGCAGAGGACGAAAAGCUUAGGCAGCUUGUUGAACAGUAUGGUGCACAGAACUGGAACUCUAUUGCAGAAAAGCUUCAAGGAAGAUCAGGGAAGAGCUGCAGAUUGAGGUGGUUUAAUCAACUUGAUCCUAGAAUCAAUAGAAGGCCAUUUACAGAAGAAGAAGAAGAGAGGCUGUUUGCUGCUCAUCGUAUCCAUGGGAACAAAUGGGCAUUAAUAGCUAGAUUAUUUCCUGGUAGAACCGAUAAUGCAGUAAAGAAUCACUGGCAUGUUAUAAUGGCUAGGAAACAAAGAGAACAAUCCAAGCUGAGCGGGAAGAGAAGUUUUCGAGAUGCCUUUAGCUCUACCGUUUUUAGUACUUCAAGGAAAUUAACGAGAUGCCAAGAGGCAUUCAGCUCGAGAAUUGGGUUUGGAGACAGUAGGGUUUUUGAGUUUCAAAACCAAGGUAAAGAGAGGGCUUUCUUAGUCUCAUCCACAUCAACUACUUCUUCACCAUCUUGGAAUUUCGCUUCACCAACAAUGGUGGCUUCAAACAAUUCAUCUUCAGUCGCACAGUUGUGGAUACGAGAUGGAAAGAGUCAUUUGCUGCCUUCUGCUUCUAGUUAUUAUUACCAUUCAAAUGCUUCAGCAUAUUGUAGCAGCUUCAGAAAUUCAACUGCAUUUGGAAUCCAAAAUUACAGAAGGGUCUUUCCAAGUUCUUUAUACCUCAAACAUGAAAGCAACGCUGGUGCGAUGGUGAAGGAGUUGUUGAGCAUAAACGAUAAUGCACCCAAGUCUGCAAAUGCCAGAGCCAGUAAUUCUCGGCAGGAGAAAGAAGAUGAACCAGACAACACAAAGGAUGUUACUUUCAUAGAUUUUCUUGGUGUCGGUAUUUCUUCUUAAUCAUAAAAAAAAACCCAUCUUUUUUAACUAUUUUUCCUCCUAGUAUACGUAACAGUUCUAGCUUUGGUUUUCCAGCUCAUCAUUAUGAUCAUAUAUGUUCAAAAGUAACAUGCAAAAGUUAGCAGAAAAGACGAUGAUAGCUUUUUAGCAGUUAGAGAAGAAAA